AAUAUGAAUUCGAGGAUGCUGCAAAUGGCCGGCUCGAUGGCCCUGGCCAGGAACUGUCUUCGUUCUGUUAACCAGCGAAGCAUGGCAGCGAUUGCCUGUGCUGAUGCCCACAAGGGCGGAAAGGGCCUCCUUGUGGGUCUCUACGAGAAGGAGGCGGGCAAGGGGCCACGUCUGACGCCAGCGGGGGAGAAGUUUGAUGAUCGUCUGCACGGGAAACUCUCGGAACUGAUCUGCGAGACGAAGAUCAGUGGCAGGCUGGGACGCGGAAAGGUCUUCAACAAUAUUGAUGAGGAGUUCCGGUCGGUGUGCGUGGUCGGUGUGGGGCUGGAGGGAAUCGGCUUCAACGAGCUCGAGAUGAUCGACGAGGGCAUGGAGAAUGUCCGCGUGGCCGCCGGCAUUGGUGCCCGCUCCCUGCAGGCCAUCGAAUGCAUCGAGAUCCAUGUGGACAACAUGGACUACCCGGAACAAGCAGCCGAGGGCGCAUCCCUCGCCACUUGGCGCUUCGAGGAGAAUCUCUCCAAGNAAUACCCUGAUCAAUCUAGUACUUUUUACUUUUUAUACCCACACCAAAAUCAUUCAUUAGUCGCUCAACUCAGUUCCAGUUAG